AUGAUUCUGUUGGCACUUCUACAAGGUCUCUUUUAUACCUCUGUGGCUCUCAGUUCUCUUCAUGUGCUUCAUUAUUUUCUUUUCCAAAGAAAACGGAUGAAACAUUCCAUGAGAGGAAAGAAUGUAUUGAUAUCGGGAGGAUCUACAGGUAUUGGACUCGGUAUUGCAAUUGAAUGUUUAAAACAAGGAUGUUCCAAUUUAAUCAUUGUUGCUAGAAAUAGAGACAAAUUAGAACAAGCUAAAAAAGAAUUAGCAACAUAUUCCGAAGAGAAACAAUCAAUUUUCAUUUAUCCAUGCGAUGUGACUGAUGAAAAACAAGUGGAUUCCAUGUUGGAAGAAAUUUACUCGAAAAUUUUGAAAAGAAAAGUAGAUUAUUUAUUUAUCAAUCAAGGAUUGUCCAUUCCAGGUUAUGCUACACUUCAGCCCAUGAGUGAUUUUAAAUAUCAAAUGGAUUUAAAUUAUUUUAGUCAUGUACUGGUUUCAAAGAAAUUUAUUCCAACCAUGCUUGACGAGAAAAUGGAUGACUCUUCUUCAUCACAUAUUAUUUUCGUUGGAAGUGCAUGUUCAAUCACAUCAUUUGUUGGAUAUGGAUCAUAUGCUCCAACCAAGUAUGCUAUCAAAGGUUAUGCAGAGGCAUUGAGAAGUGAAUUACUUGGAACAAACAUUCGUAUUCAUUUGGCAUUGCCUGUGGAUACUGAUACAGAGGGAUUCAAAAAGGAAAAUGAAACAAAACCAAAAGAAUGUGCCACAUUGUCAAGCUUGUCUGGUUUACAAACUUAUAUAGAAUCAGGAUCUUCACUGGUUAGAAAUUUGAUGAAGAGUGGCAUUCAAUUCUAUGUGACUUCCUCCUUUGAUACUUAUUUGCAAAUUGUGGGUGGAACUUUGGGCGUUGGUCCUUGUGUCAACAUUUACAACUAUCCUUUAUUGGAUGUCAUUGUGGGUGGAGUGAUGGUCAUACCAGCAAUUUUGAGAGGUUAUGCCUACUACUUUGAUAAGGUCAGUUAUGAGGCUGCACAAACACACAGAAAUGAACUUUUCAAAAAGAAGUUGUACAAACCUGUCGAAUCGUUCAGAACGAAGGUAGAAUAA